AUGGCGUCGCUGCUGCCGCCGCCGGCUGCCGCCUACCCGGGUCUCCUGCCGGGGCAUCCGCCGCACGCGAGGGGCUCCUUCGGCCCCGUUUUCAUCGUCCUGGCUGUGAUUACCCUCCUUGCCUUGGUGGCAUGCUUCCUCAGCCGAGCCUGCGCCCGCCGAUACUCACAGCGGCAGUCCAACGCCGCCACCGUCUCCGGCGAUCUCGAAGGCGGGGCUUUCGAAAUGAGUUUUCCCUCUCCGGCUAAACCAGUCAUGACCGGCGCGACCCGAGAGGCCAAGACCGCCGCAGGCGCCGGCGCCGCCAAAAGCCCAGCUUAG